AUGUUUAGAGAAAUUGCUGCCACUGAGCUAGGUUUAAUUCCUAUUUCAAAUACUUCUGUGAGCAGACUGAUCAAGGAUAUGUUUGAUGACAUCGAAACCCUUUUGGUUCGGCGAAUAAAAAAAUCUGAAUUUUUUCCAUUUCAAGUAGAUAAAAGCUCAGAUAUUACAAGAAUGCAAUUUUCUGUUUUAUUUCGUUAUAUGGACGAUGAAUCCAUUAUUGAAGAUUUUUUUCCUCAAAGAGUCGUCGAAACAACAAAGGGAUAUGACAUUUUCAAUCUUAUAAAUUCAUAUUUCGAGCAUUUAAAGUUAGAUUGGAAUGAAUGCAUAGGUAUCUGCACUGAUGGUGCUCUAUCAGUGACGGGGGAUGAUAGAGACUUUGUUUCUGUUGCAAAAAAUAAAAAUCCAGACUUAAUUCACAAGCAUUAUUUUAUUCAUCAUGAGGCAUGCUUUGGACAGGGUCGUAAAAAUUAUCAAUUAUAUCAAAAUGAGUCCGUUGUAAUUACGAUAGCUCUCGGAACUUUAUGA